CGCACAAGGAGCUGCUCACGUAACAAGAGCUGCUCACGUAAGAAGAAGCGCUUACUUACCACAAGAAUUGCUCUCUCACGACAAGAACUACUCCCUCACGACAGGAACUGCUCACUCAUGAUAUGAACUACCCACUCACGAUAUGGAUUACUCACUCACGACAGGAACUCCUCACUCGCGCUAUAAACCACUCACUCACGAUAUCAACUACUCAUCCCUACAAGUACUGCUGAGUCCUGCAAGUACUGCUCACUCCUACAGGUACUGCUCGCCCCUACAAGAAUUGCUCCGCACACGAGCAGGGGACUGCUAGCCGUGCAAUGAGGGAGGACAGCUUGCCGCACAGGAUUAUCGCCAUCAAAGACAAGAAAGCGGCACUGCACACAAGCUUGUCGUCACGGCAGCCCCUCGAGGUCCGUCGGACACACCAUGUGCAUAAGCCAGGUCUUGUUCGGGUCGAUGUCGCAGAUCGUCUCCGCCUCCGUCUCCCCAGACCUGCCUAUAUCCAUAAGUACGGAGUCAAACUCAUGCCGGCCUUCUUCUCUUUCUGCGUGCUGAACUUGCUUAUUGCGUUCAUCCGUCUUCCUUGAGCUUCGCCGUUUUUUCGGUGGUUCUUGAUCUCAUGCGAAAAGUUGAGUUUCCAGAACCUUGCUCUCCGCCUGGCUCGCCAGAUCCCAUUCCCGAUCUUGUGUCGGGCUAUGUUGUUCGGCCGUAUUCGUGUUCAUUGUUCAGAGUCUGCUCUAGGCUGGCAAGUAGAUCCUCAUCCUCGCACUCUUACUCUCCCUCUCCCUCUCCCUCUCCCUC